UUUGAAUUUCAACUUCAAUUUGACAUUUCUCUCUUCACUAUUAAUGAAAGUGAUGUAACAAAAUACAAAGAAUUUAUAUUUCAUAUAUCUAAUACAACUAUGAAACAUUACGGUAAAUGACAUGGUCAAAAAAAGAGAUAAAAAGAGAAAAAAACAAAAUCACAGAUACGACCAGAAGAUCAAGUGCAAGAGGAAGAUUAAAGAAAAUAUAGUUAGACUGCUCGACGAAAGAUCAUCAUCUUCGACGCAUGAUUUGUAUCAACUUAGAGGUAAUAGACCAAGAUUAGAUGGUAUCGGUAAGAAAUGUAAGUGUAAGAAGAAACAAUCACAAAGCGUUUGUAAAUUAAGUCCCGACGUAAGAAUAAAAGUCGAAGUGUCUAUAGAUGCGGCCGAAUACGAUGGUAUUGUGUUAGUAACCGCUCCCGGUCACCAUCUCAAGACCAGCAAGUUGCAAGGGUGCAUUUCAGACGCUCUCACUUUGGAUCCCUCGUUGAAAACGGAGAUAGCUGUUUUACCGAUAAAUUUACCGGCGAAGAGGUUAGUGCAUUCGCCGACCGGGCCGAUCGAUCCCGAUUACGACGAUGUCAGAGUGUUCAAAAUUAGCGCGGCGGCGGGAAUAAAGAGGGCGCUCAAGGUCGGGAUUAAGAGACCGCUCCUGGUCCUUGAGGAAUACCAUAGGUACGAAAAUACGGAAUUGGUGACCUUGUUGGGUGCUUUGGAGGCUUUGUAUACGCCUAUCCAAGUCAGAGAACAUGAUCCAUCCAAAAACCACAAAGUUGAAGUCCUGGGAGUCUACACGCCCAACUCAGACAAAACCAAUAAGCUCGUUUCUUGUGCGAAUAUCCUGGAAGCCAGCAGAAGGAUCGCUUGCGAUAUCGGAGACUGCGAUCCAGAAAGAAUGGCUCCGCCUAAAGUCGAAGAAUACGUUAGAGACUUGUUCAAGGGUUCUAGCAUCAAGAUGACCGUAGUUAGUGAUGCGCAAGAGUUCAAGAAAAAUUAUCCGCUGUUCGAGGCUGUUAAUAGAGCUGCUAGCGUUCAAGAGAGGCAUAGAGGAAGGAUUAUUUAUUUGGAAUAUAAUCCCGCAGGAAACGGGAUCAAGGAGACUUUGUUCAUCGUUGGAAAAGGUGUAACCUACGAUACCGGCGGCAUCGACGUCAAAAUCAGCGGUGGCAUGAUAGGCAUGUCGCGCGAUAAAUGCGGAGCAGCGGCGGUAGCCGGUUUCAUGAAUAUGGUCGACAAGUUCCAACCGAAACAUCUCAGAGUAGUGGGUGCAAUGAGCAUGGUUAGAAACAGCAUAGGAUCAAACGGAUACGUAGCCGACGAAGUAAUCACUGCCAGAUCAGGAGCUAGAGUCAGGGUGGUAAAUACAGAUGCGGAGGGUAGAAUGGUGAUGGCUGAUGUUCUUUGCAAGUUUAAAGAAGAUGCUCUAAAAGCCGUAAACCCACAUCUCUUUACGAUAGCAACACUCACUGGACAUGCCCAUCGCACUGUCGGAGAAGGAUAUUCCAUCGUAAUGGAUAAUGGUCCAGCCAAAAAGAACAAGACUAACGAAAGACUCCAAUGCGCUGGUGACAAAAUUGGUGAUCCAUUUGAAGUAUCUACUAUUCGGAGGGAGGAUUUCAGCAGCUACAAAGGCAUAAUGGAAGGAGAUGAUGUAAUACAAAGCCUUUCUAAACCUUCCGUACAGGUUUCAAGGGGUCACCAAGGACCCGCGGCUUUCCUGAUAAUGGCCAGCGGCCUGGACAAGCACGGAUCAGAAACCGCCGAACCUUUGAGAUAUACGCAUAUCGAUAUUGCUGCCUCAGGUGGAACCUUCCCAUCCCCAGGCACAGGAUCUCCCGUAUUGGCGCUAGCUAAGGCCUAUCUCGUUUAAGCAU